UUCCCAUGGGCAGGGCAGGGGAGAAGCUCGGGGAGAUCGAGCGCUUUGUGCUCACCCGGCAGCUGGCAGGGUAAGGAAGGGAGAGCGGCGGGGGCUGCCCAACCUGCUCUGCAGCAAUCUCUGGCUGCCCCUCGGCAGAGACAGACUGCAUUAACUUCCCGGGCAGAGCAGGUUAAAACAGGAGCGGUUUGCUGUUUGUAGACCAAACCUGCGGUGAGCCUUCCUGGGGGUAAAUGUUUCUUUUCCAGCGAGGCUGGGUGUGCGGGGGUAACCUUUACGGUUUGGCAAACAAAUCAGAAACAAAGCUCGCCUCCAGUCGCUGUGCUCUCACUCUCCUCAGCGGCAGGAGCUGACUUUUGUCUCCCAAGGAGUGAAGAUGAAUUGUUACAAACAAGAGCACAAGCCCCUGCUCCUCCAAAACCUCUCAGGGAAUUUAAUGGCAGUCCCAGCAGGUGCUGUGUGGAGGGGGGGAUCUCAGCAGCCUGGGUAAAGGAGAUGUGUCUGCAACAAGAGAGAGUUCUGGGCUCUUCCAGCCCAGCGCAGCCAGGAGCUCAGGCACAAACAGAAGCCCAGACUUUUACAGAGCAAUUCUUCUCUUGUUUUAAACAAACCAGCCAGCAACGGUGGGGCUCCUGCCUCUUGAAAAGCUCUGAAGUCAAAACUGCGUGCUGGUUUGGUUUUGGUUAUUUUUGGUUUUGUUCGUUCCGUGGGCUGGAGUCGAAAGGAGGAGCGACACGAAUUCCUCAUUGUGUUUCCCGUUAGUCCAGAGUUUUCCUGUAGGAUUUAAGGUCAAAUGCUUCCCGGCUCUUCUUUGCACUUCACGAGGCAGAUGUCACCAGCCAGUCCCAUGCUGUGUUUGUAGAAGAGUGCUUGGCUUAGGAGGAGCCCAAACCUGCAUCUCUGCAGCCUCUUCUUUCCAUAUCAGGCCAAAAUAAACCUGCUGUGGCAGGGAUGGAUGGGGACAGAAAUACCCUUUGCUUUGGGAUUUCUUUGUUAAACACUGCUGUUAAUUUCCCUCCUUCCUUAUUUGAAGAGUCUUGCCGAGCCAUUUCUGAGCAGUUACAUUGUUUAUUUUCCUGUCUUUUUUGUCCUUUCCCGUUUGAAUCAACAGCCAGAAUUACCAAGAUUUUCAUCACCCACCUUCACGGCGACCACAUCUUUGGGCUUCCUGGGCUGCUGUGCACGCUCAGCCUGCAGAGCAGCCCCGAUGCCAGCAAAGCCCCCGUUGAUAUUUACGGGCCACUGGGGCUACGGAGCUUCCUGUGGAGGAGCCUGGAGCUGUCCCACUCACAGCUCCUCUUCCCCUACACCGUCCACGAGCUGGUCCCCACGCGGGACCAGUGCCCCGCAGAGGAAUUCAAGGAUUUCUCUGGCUUGGACAGGGCUGAGGCGCUUCCUCAGGGCCCUCCAGGGAGAGUUCUGCACCUGGAUCCAGUAGAAGACUCCUACUUGCUGGUGGAGGACGAGCAGCUGGUUGUGAGAGCGUUCCGCCUCUUCCACCGCGUGCCCUCCUUCGGCUUCGUGCUGGAAGAGAAGCCCCGGCCUGGGAAGCUCAACGUGCAGAAACUGAAAGACCUCGGCGUCCAGCCAGGCCCCCUGUACGGGCGGCUGAAGAGCGGGGCUGCCGUCGUGCUGGAGAGCGGAGCCACGCUGCGCCCCGAGGACGUGCUGGAGCCGCCCGUUCCCGGCAGGAAGAUCUGCGUGCUGGGCGACUGCUCGGGGCCGCUGGGCAGCGCGGCGCUGCGGCUGUGCCAGCAGGCUGACCUGCUGGUGCACGAGGCCACGCUGGGGGACAGCCUGCAGGACAAGGCGCGGGAGCGCGGGCACAGCACCCCCGGCACGGCGGCGCGGCUGGCACGGCAGUGCCGCGCCAAGAGGCUGGUGCUGACACACUUCAGCCAGCGGUACAGAGCUGGCCACGCCGAGAUGCAGCUGCUCAAGGGACAGGCCGAGGCCCUGCUGGAUGGCCAGGAGGUGAUGCUGGCCGAGGACUUCAUGACCAUCGAGAUACCAGUGAAAAAGGGAAAUCUGGAGACUUCGUGACAUCAUAGAUCCCAGUGACAAAGGGAAAUCCAAGGACUUUGUGACCACAGAGAUCCCAGUGACAAAGUGAAAAUGUGACUCUUUGUGACCUCAGAGAUCCCAGUGACAAAGGGAAAUCCAAGGACUUUGUGACCACAGAGAUCCCAGUGACAAAGUGAAAUCUGGGGAAUUUGUGACCACAGAGAUCCCAGUGACAAAGUGAAAUCUGGGGAAUUUGUGACCACAGAGAUCCCAGUGACAGAGUGAAAUCUGGGGAAUUUGUGACCACAGAGAUCCCAGUGACAGAGUGAAAAUGUGACUCUUUGUGACCUCAGAGAUCCCCGUGACAAAGGGAAAUCCAGGGACUUUGUGACCACAGAGAUCCCAGUGACAAAGUGAAAUCUGGGGAAUUUGUGACCACACAGAUCCCAGUGACAAUGUGAAAUCUGGAGACUUUGUGAUCACAGAAAUCCCAGUGACAAGGUGAAAAUGUGACUUUAUGUCCCCACAGAGAUCCCAAUGACAAAGUGAAAUCCAGGGACUUUGUGACCACAGAGAUCCCAAUUAAAACAUGAAAAUUUGGGACUUUGUAACCACACAGAUCCCAGUGACAAAGUGAAAUCCAGGGACUUUGUGACCAGAGAGAUCCCAAUUAAAAUGUGAAAAUUUGGGACUCUGUGCCCACAGACAUCCCAGUGACAAAGUGAAAUCCAGGGACUUUGUGACCACAGAGAUCCCAAUUAAAACGUGAAAUCUGGGGACUUUGUGCCCACAGAUGAGAUCCCAAUGACAAAGUGAAGUCCAGAGACCAGAGACUUUGUGACCAGAGAGAUUCCAAUUAAAACAUGAAAAUCUGGGACUCUGUGCCCACAGGUGAGAUGGCAGUGACAAAGUGAAAUCCGGGGAGAUGGCAAUGGCACGGUGCAGAGGGUGUUGCUGUCCCUCUGAGCUGUCUGUGGGGACGGGGUGGGGUGGCCCAGCACUGCAGGUUAACAGCAGAGCCUCUGGUGCCCAGGUGAGCUCUUCAGAACUGCCAACUGCAGGGAGUUGUGUUGUUUCUGUAGGAUGCUCCAACACCUGGCACCUGGAGGGAAUCCACAAGUGACAGACUCCCCAGAGGCCGGGGUUCUCCCAGGGCUGGAUCACCUGGCUCAGUGCACCCUCACGAGGCUGUCCUGACCCUUAAAAACCUCGGGGAACAUCUCUGCCACCCCCCCAGGCAGCAUUUUGUGUCCCUGAAGUUAAUAAAGCACUGAGACCCUGCCGAGGGUUUGUAACUUCUGCUCAAGUGCAGCGGCUCUUCUCAUUCCCCAGCUGCGUGUGAAGUUGUUUCAUCAAUAAAUGAAGUUUAGGCUUCCUGCCAGCACUGAAUUACUCUUAGCAGUUCGAUCAGCACUGCAUUUUCCCACCCAGUAGCGUUCCGGAGGCACGCUCCAGAGGCAGAGGGCAGGGAGUCUUUAUUAAACUGUCCCUCCAAGUGCGUUUUGAAGGAUAAAUAUCCCUGGCAGAAGCACGUCUGUGUCUGCAGAAAUGCCCCUGUGGGGGAAUGUCACCUGCCCGUGCCCAGCCUGUUCCUGCAGUGACUUUAUUCCCUCCACGGGAGGACACACAGACCCGGCUUCUGUCCCCUGUGCCCCCCACCUCAAAACAAGCUGGAGUUUCCCGAAUUUUAGCUGAAUGUGGUGAUCUGCAGCAAAACGUGUGCUGCUGAGAAAGGUGCCCUGGGUGUCCCCUGGGAAGUGCUGCGGGAAGCUGGAGCAGCGAUCCCCUGGCGUGCUCCAGAUGUGGAGGGACGCUUUGAUUCCUUAGAACAGUAAUACUGGGGAGAGUUGCAGGCUUGAAGAACAUGAGACCUGGAGCAGAAACACACAGAUCUCUGUUUUUCUCCCAGAAAUACCGUGCAAAACAGGCAGUCUGUGGAUCACCCUCUCUCUCCCCACAAAUUGUCUUUCUUUUCUUUGAAAAGCUCGAUGGCAUGUGCAGAGACCCUCGGUACCACACUCUGUGUAGUGGGAGUCAGGAUUUAUCUGUCUGUAUUCUAUUUAUUUGGGUUUUCUCUAUUUAUCUGUUUGUGGUAGGGUCAGGAGCUGAGCAGGCUCCAGCUGUUUGGGGCUUUUUACAGGGGAAGAACAACUUUGUUGUCCUGACCCACUCUGCUACCUCUGCUUCUCCCUGGAGCACCCCAAAACUCCUGAUUCUUACACAGCUGUGGCAGCAAGCUUCAGGCCCCAAACCCUGGGUAAGAACAGGUCAUUUUGGGUAAAAAGCGGCAGGGAGGAAAGCAGCAAACUGAAACAAGAGGUCAGAGCCUCUCCAGGUAAUAGGCCCGGGGGCUUUGCUGCUCAAUUGAAAUAUCAGUGCAAUCUUAAUGCAAUUUGUUCUGUAUGGAAAGUCCGGGGAGGAAAUGUUCCUUUCCCCUGGGCUGAGAGGAGAAGCUGGAGGCUGCUUGCUCUGUGCUCAAGGCCAGGUCACUCGCUCUCCAUGUGGAGGAUGAUUGCUUUUGGGCGUGUCAGCGAAUCACAGUAUGCUCAGCGCUGGGGCGAUGUAAAAUUUCUAUAGUUCCAAUUUAAUGCAUUUCGGCCUUGGAACAUGAGCUGCAGUCGCCUCUUCUCUUAGCAGACCCGUGUGUCCUUGCUCACCACGCUCCACUCUCCUGGAUACCAAAUUGCUUCAUCAUUCCGGCUGCUAAUGAAAGCGGAAUUAAAUUAAUGGGAACAUGUGUGCCGGUCAGGAGAGGGUUGGACCAUAAAGCGCCUAUUUUCUCAAUGAGUUUAUCUUUCCAUUAAUCAUCUGUGGAUCACCAGAGAGCAGAAUUCCUCUGCAUUCAAACAGAUCAAACAGAGACAGCAGACAAGGACUCUGCUCUGAACCGUGAGGGAGUUUUAACAACUUCUGGGGUGUAAAGGAAGAUUUUUUUAAAAUUGUUUUUAAGCUUCAAAUAGCUCAUUUUA